CGCUAGUCCUGUACGGCGAGUCUUAAGUUCAAUUCGUUAUAGCACGUUCUUUCCCAUCAGGCAAUCCUCAUGUUGUACACAAUCAUCAUGGCGGCCCAGGAUGGAAGUGAAGGUGUAGUCAUGGCAGCAGAAGUCAGUCUCAAGGACUCAGAAGUUUGCUGUGAGAAUGACGGCAAAGGGGACGCCGCAGGGACUGAGCAGACAUCUCAGACAGAUGGGGAAAACUCUUCAGCGUCGGCCCCUAAUGUUAGUAACGGAGACGACGACGAGUCCGACGAAGGGAAAGAAAUGGUAGAUGUGAAAAUUAUAUGGAACAAGAACAAAUAUGAUCUUAAAAUCCCUUUGGAUGGAACCGGAGCCAAACUCAAAGAGAAGAUUCAUACUUUAACUGGUCUUCCACCUGCUAUGCAGAAAGUGAUGUACAAGGGACUGCUACCCGAAGACAAGACACUACGUGAAAUCAAAGUAACGAAUGGGGCGAAAAUAAUGGUCGUUGGCUCAACAAUAAACGACGUUCUAGCAGUAAACACGCCAAAAGAAGUUGUUCAACAAGAAGUGAAGGCUGAAGAGAAUAAAAAGGAGCCUUUAUGUCGACAAAAACAACAUAGAAAAGUAUUGGACAAAGGCAAACCUGAAGAUAUUAUGCCAUCUGUUAAAGGCGUUAAGGAGCGCUUACCAACGGUGCCUUUAGCCGGGAUGUACAACAAGUCCGGAGGCAAAGUGCGGCUCACAUUCAAGCUGGAGCAGGAUCAGCUCUGGAUCGGAACGAAGGAGCGAACAGAGAAAGUUCCCAUGGGUUCUAUCAAAAAUGUGGUGACUGAACCAAUCGAAGGCCAUGAGGACUAUCACAUGAUGGCAUUUCAACUGGGUCCGACGGAAGCCUCUCAAUAUUGGGUGUACUGGGUGCCUGCACAAUUCGUGGAUGCAAUCAAAGACACGGUCCUCGGGAAGUGGCAGUAUUUUUAAACAAAAUGUGCCUCCGCAACUGACACUGAAGAACUGGGAUCCAGAACAAAACUGAGAGAUCAGAAUAACUGGAGACUUCACUAUACGUGUCUUGAACUUUGAUUUUUGUUUUGUUUUGUUUUUUUUUGUUUUUUUUUGAUGCAUUCAAGAAUAAUAGCAAACUGAAGGAUUGCUGGCGGACUAAAAAAACCUCUGGGUUGAAACUGCACUAAGUGACAGCAACCAUUUAAAAGAAACACUCACAGAGAAAUCCAAGGAAAUUCAAGAAACAAUUGUACAAAGUUGUGCAAUUGUACAUUUCUCCCAGAUAUUCUGAAAUGAAUAAAAGUUAUUUAAGGAAAAUGAAACGAUGCACAAGGACAUAAUCAAUCUAGUAUUUUUAUUUGUAUUUUUUUUGUGCACCAACCCAAGCAAGCUUGCCAAAGUUGACCGCUGUUUACAAUACCCCUUGCUAAAGGUUCAGCUUUUCCUGUUAUGUAGACGAUGUACACAUGAUGACUUCUUGCUUAUCAUAUUUGAUAUCAAGUCAGUUUGACUUCUCUGCAUUAGUCAUUUAACUUUAUCAACAGUUGUUAGUCACUGAAAUAUAAGAGUAACAUACUCUACAAAAGUGUCUUGACUAUCCAAUUUUAUUUAAAUGUAAAACAGAAUUCUUACAACUCA